CGUGCGCCGAACUACCGCGAGGUAGCACUGCGGUCUGCGCGCUCCGCCAGGCGUCGCUCGUGACGUCAGCGUGCGUGCUCGCUCAUGCUCAGCCGGGUCCGUGUGCGCGCGUGCGUGCGUGCCUCCGCGCUUCGCGUCGCGAGCCGGGGAAAAUAGAUCACGAUGGAAAAUCGCCUGCGUAAACAUCCACACUGUCUCAAACUAGACAUGAGCUGGUGGAAACACACAUACUGCUUUGUUUUGUUGUUAUCUGUAGCGUGAAUGAAUAUUCAGUUCUCGGAAUGGCAAAAAUCAUUUUGAACUAAAAAAAAAAAAAAAAAAAAGGGUGGAGUGAAUUGGCCCGUAGUAUAUUUAAGUUGGUUUAUCGUACAGUCUUGUGAACGUGUAAAAAUAACAAUUAUUGAUUGGUGUCUAUAAGUGAUUCUGUGCUGAGUGUCGUUUAUACGUGAUGUAACAAACGGCUAAGUUUUGGCCGUCCUGGGAUUAAAAAUGAAGUGACUUCUGCUUGAUCGUGCAAGUUUUCCGCCGACGAGAUCUAAAUGAAAAUAAAUUCCAUCGCGUCUGGAUCGAACCUUUUUCGCGGAGGCGUUCGCUUCCCGGGAGGGCCAUGCCUGUAGAGGGCCCCGACCACGGGACCGGCCCCGGCCCCGAGGAGCCGCUGCAGCUGUCCCGCCCCCGCGCGCCGGAGCCCGCCGCCUCCUCCGCCGCCUCCGGCUACCACAUGGGCCGCAGCGGCGCGCGCGCCUCCUUCGAGGCGUCGGCGCUGGCGUCCUACCACCAGCACCUGGCCGCCAUCUCGCAGCACCACCGCGAGACCUCGGCCUUCGUGCCCGUCGUGCCGUCGCGCUUCGCGUCCUACCCGCUGCUGCUGGCGACCCCGCCCUCCGGCCCCCGGGACUCCGCCCCCAAGCCCGAGGACGGCGCGGCGCGCAAGCCCCCCGCCGCCGGCGGCUUCGACCUGGUGGCGCUCAUGGCGGACAAGCGCAAGGAGCUGGCCCUGCGCGAGGAGGCGGCGUGCGUGGCCGCCGCCCACGCCGCCGCCGCGGCCAUGCUGCUGCCGCACCACCGCCAGCCGCCGCCGCCGCCGCACCACGCCUACGGCCCGGCGCUGUUCGCGGCCGGCGCCGCCGCCCAGGGCGCCUUCCCGUUCCCCGGCGCCGGCGCGGCCAUGUUCCCCGGCGGCGGCCACCCCCACCACGCGCACCUCGACCGCCGCCUGCUGCGCGCCCCCGGCCGCGCGUCCCGCCCCAAGAAGCAGUUCAUCUGCAAGUUCUGCAACCGGCAGUUCACCAAGUCCUACAACCUGCUGAUCCACGAGAGGACGCACACGGACGAGCGGCCCUACUCCUGCGACAUCUGCGGCAAGGCGUUCCGGCGGCAGGACCACCUGCGGGACCACAGGUACAUCCACUCGAAGGAGAAGCCGUUCAAGUGCGGCGAGUGCGGCAAGGGCUUCUGCCAGUCGCGCACGCUCGCCGUGCACAAGAUCCUGCACAUGGAGGAGUCCCCGCACAAGUGCCCCGUGUGCAGCCGCUCCUUCAACCAGCGCUCCAACCUCAAGACGCACCUGCUCACGCACACCGACCACAAGCCCUACGAGUGCAACUCCUGCGGCAAGGUGUUCCGGCGCAACUGCGACCUGCGCCGCCACGCGCUCACGCACGCCGUGGGCGACGUUCCUCCGGAGGCGCUGGGGGCGGCCGAGCCGCAGCGCGCCUCGUCGCCGUCCUCCAGCGAGUCCGGCGAGCCGAGCCGCCCCCGCGCGCCGCCCCCGGCCACCACGCGCUGCCACCACCACGACGGCUACACCAUGCGCCCGCCACCCCCGGAGCCGCCGCUGCCGCAGCUGCACAUCCGCCGCGACCUGCUGCCACCCCCGGCCAGGUGUGCCACCGUGACCAGCGGCCAGGCCUUCGGGCCGUCCCCACCCCCGCCGCCGCCCCCGCCCCCGCUGCCGCCCCCGGGGCCGGGCAUGUUCAGGCGGCGGCUGCCCGAGCCGCCCGACAUCCCGCUCUGCCGCCGCUCGCCGCCGCCGGAGCCGUCCACCAGCCGGGGCGAGCCGCCCCCGGCCCAACCCCCGCCGCCCCCGCGGGUCCCGCCGCGCAACCCCUCCACCAAGAUGCACGGCUUCAGCAUCGAGGAGAUCAUGAGGCGCUAGCCGGCCUGCAGAUCCCCCCCCCCCCCCCGCCCUCCAGUCAUUGUUCCUCAGUCUGACGUGUAGUUCCUCUUCGCGCCCCACUGUCCAGUGACUGCACAGUGCGGUCCUGCAGUGUCUCCAGCGGAGACUACCAAAGAAGAAACUUCUAGCACGCAGCAUUCAGACUCGUGCGAACUAUGCAAUAUUGCAAUAUUGGCAACAAACCUGCUGCUACAGGAUGUAUUCGUUAAUGCUAAGAACCUAUGUUUGGAAUUAUGUACAGCAUUUUUGAAUUUUUUUUUUUUGAAAAUCAGUUCAAGUAAAAUAAUGAAGUAUUUUACGUGUUAGGUUUUUUUUUCAGGUCAAGGGAUACAAUUAUUUUAACUGCAGUUCACAAUGUUCACUUGUACGGUCUUGUACAAGCUUGUGCAGCUUCUCAAUCAAUUUUGUAUUAUAGUUCAACAGGUUAACUGGAAUACUGUACAGAACUGUUCAGCGAAAAUUAGGUUUAUAAAGUAAUUUAUUAAGUGCGAUUCAGUAUCUUUGUGUCUUGCUGUAUGUAUGUAAAUGAUUGGUGAGAUGCACAUAGACUGAAAAUUGCGUAUUAUGGCGAAAUUUGUGUUGUUAUGAAAUGUUAUUACUCAUUAUUUUAAGAUCUCAUCCUCAGCUACUGUGACUGCGUAUUGUGACAUCCACGUGGCUGUAAAUGAUAUGCAUGUGGUUUACGUAAGUGUAAUUGCAUUAGUUUGAGGUGUGUUGUUUCUGGGUGUGUAGAUAACACAUUUUUACAACCUUUCAUUAUAGAUGGAGCAGUGUUUUCUAGUAUAUAUAGUGAACUUUAGAACAUCCACAUCAUCUAAUUUUGAACCAGGAACUGUAGGUAUAUUGGAAUAGAUCGAGAAGCAUUUAAGUUGAACACAGUUUAUGUACUGAGUGUGUAUAGCUAUAUGAAUUUUUGUAAAAUCCAUUGAACGUGUUUAGUGAAACGCAUAAAUUCAGAAUAUGUAAAUUAUAUUUGCUUGUUUUUUUAUAUUUUAAAUUGGAUAUCUAUUCUGUUAUCGUAAAUAUUUUUGUACGAAUUUGAUUUUAUUACUAGGCCAUGUAUUUGAACUGGUAAACUCAGGAAGACGUUUAAGAAAACAUGUUUUACUCCCCACCCGAACCAUCUAGUUUAACCAAUUUUUAAGAAGUGAACCAAACUAUACAUAAUAAGAUUGGGGUUCAAAAAGUAUUAUAUAAUUUAAUUUUGUUUUCUGGUCAACUCUUAGUGACUUUUAUGGUUUAUUCAUUUCCAGUGCUUGCAUUGAGAAAUUAUUUUUGUAUCAUAUUAACUUUCGUUGUAAUAUCAAAACUUGAAUUGUAUAGUUUGUUUUAUUGUAAAUAAAUUGCUGUUGGAAACAGUA